AUGACAGGGAAGGUCAGCCUCACGGGGUUGGUGGAGUCUCUUAUAUUUUCUCAUCGGCCUCCUUGGGAUGACUGUCAGCAACUCCUGCAAACGCUCUUCACAACUGAGGAGUGGGAGAGAAUUCUGUUAAAGGCCAGAAAAAAUGUUCCUGGGGCCGACGGGCGGCCCAUGCAGCUGCAAAACGAUGAGAUUGACGCGGGAUUCCCCUUGGCUCGCCCCAGCUGGGAUUUCAACACUGCCGAAGGUAGGGAGAGCUUGAAAGUCUAUCGCCAGGCUCUGGUGGCGGGUGUCCGAGGCACCGUGAGGUGGCCCACCAAUUUGGCUAAGGUGAGACAGGUACCAACUGAACCUCCCUCAGUGUUUCUUGAAAGGCUCAUGGAGGCCUUCAGGUGGUUCACUCCCUUUGACCCUACCUCAGAAGCCCAGAGAGCUUUGGUGACGCUGGCCUUUAUAGGGCAAUCAGCUCCGGAUAUUAGAAAAAAACUCCAGAGACUGGAAGGAUUACAGGAAGCUGAGUUGUGUGAUUUAGUGAAAGAGGCAGAGAAAGUGUAUUAUAGAAGGGAGACAGAGGAAGAAAAGGAACAGAGAAAAGAGAAGAAGAAAGAAGAGAGAGAUCGUGACAAAAGACAGGAAAAAAAUUUGACUAAAAUCUUGGCCACAGUGGUUGAAAGAAGAAAUGAGAGAGAGAGAGAGAGAGAGAAAUUAGAAAAUUUAGAGCUUAGAGCAGGUCCUAGGCAGUCAGGAAACCUGGGCAACAGGACCCCACUCGACAAGGACCAAUGUGCAUAUUGUAACGAAAGAGGGCAUUGGGCAAAGGACGGCCCCAAGAAGAGAAACAGGGGAUCAAAGGUGCUAGCCCUGGGGGAAGAUGAAGUAGGGAAGAUGGGGUUUGGACCCCUCCCCGAGCUCAGGAUAACUUUGAAAUUGGAGGGGCGACCAGUUGACUUUUUAGUGGAUACCGGAGCAGAACAUUCUGUACUGAUACAGCCAUUGGGAACAUUAAAGAAAAAAUCCUGGGUAAUGGUUGCCACAGGGCAACGGCAGUAUUCAUGGACUACCCGAAGAACAGUGGACCUUGGCGUGGGCUGGGUAUCCCACUCAUUCCUGGUUAUCCCAGAAUGCCCUUACCCUCUGUUAGGAAGAGACAUUCUGUCAAAAGUAGGAGCCCAGAUUAAUUUAGACUCUGAACAGCCAUCAGUAACCGAUAAACAGGGAAAUCAAUUGCAAGUCCUUACUGUUAGGCUAGAAGAUGAGUACAGACUGCACGAGGAGCCAGGGCUUGACCUCGACUAUUCAGAUCUGGCCAGCUUCAGGAUCCAACACCCCCAGGUGACCCUCCUCCAGUACGUGGAUGACCUACUUCUAGCAGGAGCCACCCAACAUGAUUGCUUGGAAGGAACAAAGGCACUACUGCUGGAACUGUCUGACCUAGGCUAUCGAGCCUCUGCCAAAAAGGCCCAGAUCUGCAGAAGAGAGGCUAUGGAUCCCGAGGUUCAGACCUUAGCAGCUCCACUCUACCCACUGACUAAAGAAAAAGAAAAAUUCUCUUGGGCCCCAGGGCAUCAGGAGGCAUUUGAUGCCAUUAAAAAGGCCCUGCUGAGCGCACCUGCUCUAGCUCUCCCUGAUGUAACUAAACCUUUUACCCUCUAUGUGGACAAGCGGUUAGAAACACCCCUGAACCGUUUGGGCCUGACCCCCUAUGAAUGGCUCUAUGGGGGUGGGCUCCUUCACUGCCAGACACACGUGCACUCGCGCCUGGCGCUGUGUCAGGAUCCAGGACCCGCUAGCCUCCCACUCCCGGGUCUACACACGCCGCUCGCCUGCGCCCCGCGCCGCGGCGCGCAGCCCGGAGGAGGCGUCCGCUGGAACGGAGGCGCGCACCCCGCCCGGCACACCCGGCACACCCGAACCGAGCAGCGGCCGGGUCUCCUGCUGCGCUGGGUGCUGCUAGGCGAGCGCGCUCCUGCUCCCAGCGCGGCUGACCGCACCCGCCGGGCCUGGUUCUGCGGAUCAGGUGGGUCCUGCGGGGCGCCGGACACUGAAGCCACCAGUCACGCGUGGGGAAGCGAUGUGAGCGAGCGGGAAGCGCCGCUACUCCGGCCUAGCCCUAUUAUGGUCCUUGUUUUUGUUCGGGUCACUUGGUCAUUUCCUCUGUGCCCAGUUCUUUAUUCCAGGCCCUGUUCCAUCCUGUACCGCGUCGCUGCAUCUGUCCAACCUUCCAGACCAGGACCUGCCCCUUCCCUCGGUAUCCGAGAAGCAGGGCCGGGCUGGGCUGAGCUGGGCAUGGCAGACAAUCUCGGGACCACCAGUACUAAGCGGCUGGUGGCCAAAGCAUAA